CGCGGCGGGGCGCGAGCGCUGGGCCGAGGGGGUCGCGGAUCGCGCCGCCCGCCGGGCCCGAGGGGCCACGAUGUUCGAGGACGAGGCUCACGCCGACGGGGCGGCGGUGGUCGCGGCGGCCGGGGAGGCGCUCCAGGCGCUGUGCCAGGAGCUGAACCUGGACGAGGGCAGCGCGGCCGAAGCCCUGGACGACUUCACGGCCAUCCGGGGCAACUACAGCCUGGAGGGAGAAGUUAUCCACUGGUUGGCCUGCUCGUUAUAUGUCGCAUGUCGCAAAAGCAUUCUUCCCACAGUUGGAAAGGGAAUCAUGGAAGGAAAUUGUGUUUCACUUACUAGAAUACUACGUUCAGCUAAAUUAAGUUUAAUACAGUUUUUCAAUAAAAUGAAGAAGUGGAUGGACAUGUCAAACCUUUCACAAGAAUUUCGUGAACGUAUAGAAAGGCUAGAAAGAAAUUUUGAGGUAUCUACUGUUAUUUUCAAGAAAUUUGAGCCUAUUUUUUUAGAUAUAUUUCAAAAUCCAUAUGAAGAGACACCAAAAUUACCACGAAGCAGGAAACAGAGGAGGAUUCCUUGCAGUGUUAAGGAUCUCUUCAAUUUUUGUUGGACGCUCUUUGUUUAUACUAAGGGUAAUUUCCGUAUGAUUGGAGAUGAUUUAGUGAAUUCUUAUCAUUUACUUCUGUGCUGCUUGGAUCUGAUUUUUGCUAAUGCCAUUAUAUGUUCAAAUAGACGAGACUUGCUAAAUCCAUCAUUUAAAGGUCUACCGUCUGAUUUUCAUACUGCUGAAUUCAGGGCUUCGGAGGAGCCACCCUGCAUCAUUGCUAUUCUGUGUGAAUUGCAUGAUGGACUACUCGUAGAAGCCAAAGGAAUAAAGGAGCACUACUUUAAACCCUAUAUUUCAAAACUCUUUGACAGGAAGAUUUUAAAAGGAGAAUGCCUCCUGGACCUUUCCAGUUUUACUGAUAAUAAUAAAGCAGUGAACAAGGAAUAUGAAGAAUAUGUUUUAACUGUUGGUGAUUUUGAUGAGAGGAUCUUUUUGGGAGCAGAUGCAGAAGAGGAAAUUGGAACUCCCCGAAAGUUCACCGGUGACACGCCAAUAGGGAAGCUGACAGCACAAGCUAAUGUGGAGUGUAAUCUUCAGCAACAUUUUGAAAAAAAAACAUCAUUUGCACCUUCUACUCCACUGACAGGACGGCGAUAUUUACGAGAAAAAGAAGCCGCUGCUACUCCUGUUGCUUCGGCCACCCAAAGUGUGAGCCGGUUGCAGAGCAUUGUGGCUGGACUGAAAAACGGGCCAAGUGAGCAACUUACAAAUAUUUUUGAGGCUUGCAUGCGUAAUCCUAUGGAAAACAUUAUGAAAAUAGUGAAAGGAAUAGGAGAGACUUUCUGCCAACAUUAUACUCAAGCAACAGAUGAACAGCCAGGAUCUCACAUAGACUUUGCUGUAAAUAGGUUAAAACUUGCAGAAAUUUUGUAUUAUAAGAUAUUAGAGACAGUGAUGGUCCAAGAAACACGAAGACUUCAUGGAAUGGAUAUGUCAGUUCUUUUGGAGCAGGAUAUAUUCCACCGAUCCUUAAUGGCAUGUUGUUUGGAAAUUGUGCUCUUCGCCUAUAGCUCACCUCGUACUUUCCCCUGGAUUAUUGAAGUUCUCGAUUUGCCACCAUUUUACUUUUAUAAGGUUAUUGAAGUGGUGAUUCGCUCAGAGGAGGGACUCUCCAGAGACAUGGUCAAGCAUCUGAACAGUAUUGAAGAACAAAUUUUGGAGAGUUUAGCAUGGAGCCACAAUUCUGCACUGUGGGAGGCUCUUCAGGCUUCUGCAGACAAAGUUCCUACAUGUGAAGAAGUAAUUUUCCCAAGUAACUUUGAAACGGCAAAUGGGGUAAAUGUACAAGGUCAUCUUCCUAUGAUGCCAAUGUCUCCUCUAAUGCAUCCAAGGGUCAAAGAAGUUCGUACUGAUAGUGGGAGUCUUCGAAAAGAUAUGCAACCAUUGUCUCCAAUUUCUGUCCAUGAGCGCUACAGUUCUCCUGCUGCAGGGAGUGCUAAGAGAAGACUUUUUGGGGAAGAACCCCCAAAGGAAAUGCUUAUGGAUAGGAUCAUGACAGAAGGAACAAAAUUGAAAAUUGCUCCUUCAAGCAUUACUGCUGAUAUAUCAAUUUCACCUGGACAGAGUCUUCUGACAAUGGCCACCACCAUAGUAACAGGGACCUCAGGACAAAAAGUCACCAUUCCAUUGCACGGUAUUGCAAAUGAUGCUGGAGAAAUCACACUGAUACCAAUUUCCAUGAAUACAGCCCAGGAAUCGAAAGGCGAGAGUCCUGUAUCUCUUACAGCUCAGUCAUUAAUUGGUGCAUCUCCAAAACAAACUCAGUUAACUAAAGCACAAGAGGUACAUUCAGCUGGAAUAAGCAAACCAAAGAGAACGGGAUCCUUAGCACUGUUUUAUAGAAAGGUCUACCAUUUGGCGAGUGUACGCUUACGUGAUUUAUGUUUAAAACUGGAUGCUUCAAAUGACUUACGAAGGAAAAUAUGGACAUGUUUUGAAUUCACUUUAGUUCAUUGCCCUGAUCUAAUGAAAGACAGACAUUUGGAUCAGCUCCUCCUUUGUGCCUUUUACAUCAUGGCAAAGGUAACAAAAGAAGAAAGAACUUUUCAAGAAAUAAUGAAAAGUUAUAGGAAUCAGCCCCAAGCUAAUAGUCACGUCUAUAGAAGUGUCCUGUUGAAGAGAGAAGCUGUGGCACACAGCACAAACCUGAACAGCGGGUGUGGAGUAACAGGUUGUGACUUAGAAGAUGCUACAAAAACUCCUGACUGUACCAGUGGACCAGUAAAAGAGGAAAGAGGUGAUCUUAUCAAAUUUUACAAUACAAUAUAUGUAGGAAGAGUGAAGUCAUUUGCAUUGAAAUAUGAUUUGUCAAAUCAGGAGCACAUGAUGGAAGCUCCACCACUCUCUCCUUUUCCGUACAUAAAGCAACAGCCAGGCUCACCACGCCGCGUUUCCCAGCAGCACUCCAUCUAUGUUUCUCCACACAAGAAUGGGUCUGGAGUUACACCAAGGAGUGCUCUGCUGUACAAAUUCAAUGGGAGUCCUUCUAAGAGUUUAAAAGAUAUCAACAACAUGAUACGGCAAGGUGAACAGAGAGCCAAGAAGCGAGUAAUCGCCAUUGAUAGUGAUGCCGAAUCUCCUGCCAAACGCCUCUGUCAAGAAAACGAUGAUGUUUUACUUAAACGACUACAGGAUGUUGUCAGUGAAAGAGCAAAUCACUAGGACCUCAUCCUGCUUUUGUGAUAAAAGCACUUUCAGGUUAUUUGCAGGAAGUAUGGGCUUUAUCCUUCAAAACUUUCCAGCCUGAGGAUGGUUAGUAUCCCUGGAUUAAAAAAAAAAAAAAUGACACCAGAAUUCUAUGCUUGGGUCAGGGAGAUGUGGUGGGCCACAAGCAGAGAUGCUUAAGCAUUUUAAUUCCUGGCUCUGUGCUUGGGGACCCCUCCUGGAGGUGCUCAGGGGCCAUGUGGUGCCGGAGAGCAUGCACGCCUGCGUGCAAAGGAUGUGCUCAGACCAUCAAGCUAGUUCUCUCACCAUUAUGUGCUGUUGUGAAAAAUUGUUUUAUUGAGGCACUAUGAGUUACAAUACGUUAAUAAAUGUUUCAGCACACAAUGUUACUGUGCCACACCCGGACCUGGUGGCCACCUCCAGGCCUGUCUUUGGUCUGUCUCUUG